AUGUACGACGACCUUCUACGUUUGGAGCUGUCCGGGAAGCGUGCGGACAUUAUUGGAUUUGCGGAUGAUGUGGCGUUCACCCUUAUCGGAAGGGACCCAAAGGAAAUCAGCACCCUUGCUACGAGGAACUUGGAGAUGAUCGAGCGUUGGAUGGACGGAGGGGGUUUGAAGCUGGUCCAUCAAAAUACCGGCUACAUGAUCUUCUGCACACAUCACAACCCGCAAGUAGCUCAACUACGGGCGGGGGGACACACGAUCAUAUCCACGGAAUCGCUCAAGUACCUCGGGGUCGAGCUCUGCCGCAAGCAGCACUACGGUCGGCAUGAAUAUCAUGAAUAUCAUGGUAUCAUGAAUGCCUUGACCGCUCUGAUGCCGAACAAGUGUGGCCUCAAAAGCAGCAGAAGAAGAGCCCUGGUUAACGUUGGGAAUAGCAUUGUCCGUUACGCGGCUCCAUCGUGGGGACGGACACUUCUACAGAGAGACACCAACGUUCAGAGGACGCACCGAACAGUAGUCCUGCGAGUGGCCAGCGCCUUCCAGACGGUUUUCUACGAUGCAGCUUGCGUGGUCGCAUCGGUUGUCGGGUCCGCUUAA